UUUGUGAACUCAUUGAUUAUAUAUUAAGGGCUGAACUUAUAAUAAGCGGUGUUUGUGAUUACAAGUCAUUGAUAUAGUGAUCAACACAUGACUUAUUGGUGAAGACAUUGAAUGUUAUCACCAAUUGUUUGAUGUAAUCAUUGUUUUCACCACAAAGUGAGUCAAUCGACCAAUUGAUGAAUGAGUGAAAUGACGACCAAAUUGUCGGCCCUGUCGUCGGCCUCGGAGUUGCCGUCGGCCAGGAAUGCCAUUCAAGGAAUGAACACUCACUCGAAUCGCUUCUUUGACCAAUUGCAUAAACUGCAAGAAUUGGACGACAAUCUGAAGAAAGCGAUGGUCAAUAACGCACAGUUGGAUAAUGAAAAACAAUCGUUUGCCUAUCAGGUGGACAUCUUUAAGGAUGACAUCGAAGAAAUGACAGAAAAUCUCGUUAGACUUCAGAAGGACUACAGAGACAAAUCUAGGUCCUUUGAAUUGAUGAAUCGAGACUUUAAGAAAUUACAAAAGGAUUGCGAUUAUUAUAAACAAUGUCUAAAGCAAAGGGAUUAUCUCAUUGAGGAGGCAGGUUUAGUGUUAUUAGACUCCGAUGAGACAAAUAAUGGGUUGCAAGUAGAUUGCCAGCACAUGUCAAAUGGUUUAAAUACAUUAAAUGGUGAUUUAAGUGAUAGAAAAAGUGAAAUAACAGCUGAUGAAAGUGGAUCCGAGUCUGGUGUCAGUAGUAAUGCAAUUAAAAUUUCCACAAAUAUGUCGCUAAUAUCUCGAGAAGCGGCACAACUUUUAGAAGGCAUUGAUGGUAUAUCGUUGGAGAGUAAAAUUACAAUAUUAUUAAAAGAUAAAAAGUUAUUAAAAAAUGAAAUAAAUCAAUUAAAGAGUGAACUCGAAGAAGAAAGACAACGAGCUCUCAAAUUUGAUGAACUGACACAAACUCGUGAUCAUAACAUUCAUUCAUUAAAUUCAGACACAAGUGUUGAUUUGCAAAAUAUUCAAAGAGAAACAAAUAAAUUGAUUAGUGAUUAUAAGUUUAAACUUAAAAAAUAUGAACAAGAAAUAAGUGUUUUAAAUGGUAAUGUAGCCCGACUUGAGACUCAAUUGACCAGAUUUAGGACGACAGCAGUCGAAGCCGAGAAGUUAGAGGACGAACUCAAAGCCGAUAAACGCAAAACACAAAGAGAGUUAAGAGAAGCGUUGGCCCGAAUCGAGGAGUUGGAGACAUCCAAUGCUCACUUACAGAAGCGAAUCGACAAAUUAAAGUCAAAUCGUAAUAUAGUAAUCCAACCCAAUUCAAAAUGAUGAUCACUUAAACCCCAUAGUAGUGCUCAUUUGAUUGAGUUUUCUGUACAAUAAGUGUUUUUAUAUGUGAAUAGAUUUACCGGUUAUUUAUUAUUAUUAUUAAACUUUAUGAUGAGUGAAGUACUGAAUUAGACCAUUGGAACCGAUGCCAUGAAUGAGAUUAACUAUAAUUAUAUAUAUAAAGUGCCAAUUUAUAUAUUCAAACUAAUCUGAGCUUUGAAUACAUCAUUUAUUUAAUAUAAACAUUAAAUAUCAGAAUUAAUGAAAUUUUUCUAAACGGUUUCAAAUCUUACACACAAUUUGUAUAUUUGUAAUAAUAUUUGAUAUAACUUUAA